AGUGCAGCUGCCUGCGAAGGCUGCGCACAACAAGCGGACGCUCGGCGGCUGCGACACGACACCUGCAGGACCGCUUUAAAACGAUAAACCCACCGUAAAUGGGUUUAUCCCCACGUCGGUCGUUACUUUCGUCGCUCCCGUUUAUCUCGACCGAUUGUUGUGGAUGGAUCAUUGUAUUCACGUUUCACCGAGAAGCCUUACAACGCCCAGUCAGCAGCGGCAGCCAUAGCUCGGUCCUUGACGCUGGAGAAUACUGUAAUCUGCCCCUGCAAUGGCGGCCUUUAGUCAUCAGGUGCUCUUUGCAGUCACAAGAUCAAGGGGAUCAUAUUUUUUAUCCAAGAGACACAGCUGCUCCUCUCUGUCUUCCAAAGCCUAUCUCCACGUAGAACCUCCCCGCCACGUCUUGUCCUCAUUCACACUCAGGCACUCCCGUUACGGCUACCCCCACUGUUACCGAGGCCACGCCGUCAGCCGCAACCACUGCUCCACCCUGCUCGCCCGUUCUCUGCACAGCUCAGGUAUUUGGCUCCAGGAUAUAAAGCAAGAGGACACUAAGGCCUCAACAGCUGCUGCCCAGGAUGCUUCUCCAGGAUCUAAAAAGGACUCUGUGGCCACUGCGCCCCAGUCUCAACCCCCGUCAGCUCCCACCCCGGCGUCCACCACCACAGCGGCCGCCGUCCCUCCGGUGCAGGAGAGGGCAGUCGUGAAAAAGUCUCUGUAUCAGAGGAUUGUGGAUGAGUUGAAGCAUUACUACAAUGGGUUCCGGUUACUUGGCAUUGACAUUAACAUUGCAGGCCGGAUGGUGUGGAGGCUACUGCAUGGACAAGUGCUCACACGCAGGGAGAGGAGAAGGCUGAUGAGGACCUGUGCUGACCUGUUCCGUCUGGUGCCCUUCAUAGUGUUCAUUAUUGUUCCUUUCAUGGAGUUCCUUCUUCCCGUCUUCCUCAAACUCUUCCCAGAGAUGUUGCCCUCAACCUUCGAGACAGAGUCCAAAAAGGAGGAGAAGCAGAAGAAGGGUCUGGCUGCGAAGCUGGAACUGGCCAAGUUUCUCCAAGAGACCAUCGCUGAGAUGGCCCGACGAAAUAAAGCUAAAGCUCAGACAGAGGAUGAAACACAGCGCUUCUCCACAUAUGUUCAAAAGGUCCGGGGCACAGGUGAGCAUCCCACCACGAAGGACAUUGUCCGGUUUUCAAAGCUGUUUGAGGAUGAACUGACACUAGAGCACCUGGAGCGCCCCCAGCUGGUGGCACUGUGCAAACUGCUGGAGCUGCAGCCCAUCGGCACCAACAACUUGUUGCGUUUUCAGCUGAUGAUGCAACUCAGGACCAUCAAAUCAGAUGAUGAGAUGAUUGCAGCAGAGGGUGUAGCAGCUAUGAGUGUGUCAGAAUUACAGGCAGCAUGUCGUAGUCGUGGGAUGAGGUCUCUGGGUCUCACCACUGACCAGCUACGUGUGCAGCUACAGCAGUGGCUGGACCUGCACCUGAAGGAGAAUGUUCCUCCAUCGCUGCUGCUGCUCUCCAGAGCCAUGUACCUGACGGACCUCAAACCAAAACCCCCAGUCAUCCCACCUGUUCCCAAACUAGAGAAAGCCGCUCCUCCUCCAGCGGAGAAUACAGGGGCAAACACGGCCUCAGUCAGUAGUGAAAUGUUGGCAGACCCUGCUCUCAUCAUCAAAGACAGAUCGGCGGAGGAGGUGAGAGACAAGGCUCCCGUGGUCUCGGACAAACCUCUGACGCCGGCCGAAGUCCUUCAGGCUAAAGCAGCGACAGAGGUGUCCCAAAAGAGCAAGAUGAGUGCCAACGGUGUGUAAAGAGGAGCGGGAGCCUCUGGACUGAAGGGGAGAUGGAUUCAUACGGACCUGUGUUCUUUGGGGGUGACAGGGCCAUUGAUGGUUUAUAUCUCAGUAGCAUUCAAUUUUUUUAAAGCUCCUCUGUUUGAUACCUUCUCCCCUCUUUGGACCAGAGGGAGGGGAAGGAGUGUUCCUGGCUUUUGAUAACGGCAGAUUACGCAACUCAUCCAGGAGUCCUGUUCCCAGGACCCAGGAAGGGUCUGCUGCCUCCUCUGCUUUGUCUCAACAGCGGCGUCUUCAUGCUCUCAGCCCUCUGCCGUCACUUUUGUGCAAUCCAUUCACUGUAGCUCUCCGCUAGAGCUGGACAAACCCGCCUGAAAUUUCACUGGACUGGUAGACCACUGAUGGUGUGAUUUGUUUGUCCUAGAAGUGACGCCCCAAGCCGCCAAUGGCUAAUCCUGGUCAGCUGUCUGUUUGAUGGUGUCUCCCUUCAGUCUCGGCGGUGUCCUCCUCCUCCUCCUCCUCCUGUAAAUUUGUAAAUAUCUCGUAUAUUUUCGUCUCUGUCUUACAGCACAUCACAGCAGCGGCAGCAGCUUUGUACAAUUUGCUAUGCAAAGGCCUAAUGUCUCUUGAACAUUUUCAAGUUUUUCUCUCUUAGCAGUUUUGUUUUGUUUUUAUUUGCAUACCUUUUUAAUCCCUGUUCAGGAUGAGAGAGAAGUCAUCCAUUUUUCUGCUGAACUUUUUGGUUCAGUAGCCGUACGUAGGGUGACAUAGUGUAGUUUCCUGCUGCUGUAAUAAGCAAAUGAAGACUGGUAUAUUAUUAAGAGAGUGGUCACUCCUUGAACCCAGAGGUGACUGUGGUAGAGUGCAGUCUGCCACCACAGUUAAACCACUGAAAGGACAAUCUGUAAAACGAACAAUUACAGGUUUUAUUUGCAUAAACAGUUUAUGUAUUGUGUUUUUAACACUAUGAUCCUAAGCUUUCUUUAAACUAAAAAGAGAAAAUGCUUGAUGUUAUCCAUAAAGAUAGACUAUUAAUGUGGGGGAGAAGCUUAAAUGCUGAAGCCACAGAUGAGAUUAUUUUUGGUGUUUUGGCACUAAGAGGUAAAUGUGUAGCAUUAUGACUGAUUUGCCCAACUUUCCUACUUCAUUAAGUUUUCAUAAAUACAGUAUAUGACCCUACAAGUUGUUAUUAGAAGUUUUACCGCAUAGCUGUGUACUUUAUAAAUACAGAUAUUUGUGUGUUUUGUAACCCUCUCCUCUCAUACCCCUUUAUAUGUUUGACAUGGUUGGAGUAACAACUUCACUGCAGCCGAAUGAAAGUUUUUGUCUCCACCAUUUGUCCUCAUUGCUAUUUAUCCAUAGGCACCUCCCAGAGAUGGAUGCCAUUAAUGAAAGGAUAUUUUUUUAAGCAUAUUGAUUUCUAAGAGUUAUAUUAUUGGUUUUACAUACGUGCCUAAGGUUAAAGGGCGAUUGGUUUCAUGUUCAUGCAUUUUUCAUCCAAAAAAAAA